AUGGCUUCUAAGGUGCGAAAAGUAACUUCGAGACAGAAAAAAAGCGUAAAAGAAAAAGAUACGCAAGCUACACAACGUCUUUAUCGAGAAUUGAGAUUAAUUGUGCAUAAACAGGACACUCCCUCUAAUGAUUUGGGUUUUUAUGUAAAGCUUGAUCAACUGCAUUCAAUCUAUCAAUGGGUUGUACAACUUAAAAACUUUGAUCCAUCUAUUCCAUUGGCCCAAGAUAUGGCACGACAUAAUGUGGAAAGCAUUGAACUUGAAGUUCGUUUUGCUCCUGAUUAUCCAAAUUUACCUCCGUAUGUUUUUUUGGUUUAA